CACUGUCUGACAAAGAGCCUCAGAGAGAGAGAAUCACAGACACAGAGUAAAGCAAAGCUAACAAUCAAUAAUAUUCUUCUUCGUCUUCUUCUACACGGGAAGUAACUGUCGUUACUGUUGAUGUUUCCGAGACAAGCAGAAGGAGAGCUGUAUUUGAUAUAAAUUUUUCAAAAAGAUGAAGAUCGAAUGAACGUGGAAAUUGCUCAUCCAAGGCCAAAACAUUAUUGGUUCUGAAGAAACAAUUUAUGAAGUUGUUCCAAUCACUACAAAGACUCUGAAAUUUGUAUUCAUCUCUUUUUAAUUUGCAGGUUUUUCCACUUCAAAGCUCAAAUUGUUGGUACAUUCUUCACCACAAUCUUCAACGGAAGCUGCUAAACUAAAUCAAUUAAUCUUCAAUGGAUUCUUCCGCCUCGGAAAGCUGCAAAGAUGAGAUUCUACAACGGGAACUACAUGAGAUGCUUGUACCUGCUGCACUAAGAAAACCAUUAAUUACUGACUUGGAAAAUUCUGUCAGUCUUAACUCCUACUAUAUAGAAUUUAGUCCUGAUCCUGAGGAUAGGAUCUAUAAAAAGUUUGGUCUAUUUGUCAAAGCACCUCUCCCUGGAGAGGCUGAGAGAAUGGAACUUGAUCUUCAUCUGUCAGGUCGUAGAUCUGUGAUGACAAAGCUUGUCCCAACAGGAAUUGCAGAAUUUGAUAAAAAUGAGAUUAUGUUAGCACAGAAUUUUCAAGAAAUGUACCUCAAGAUCAUCCUUGACCGAUCAGAAUUUAUUCCUGAAUUUGUUCCCUUGGGAAAGAAUGAUACUUGUAAAUCGAGUUCCUCAACAUUCUACCUGUUGCUUCCAGUAGUUUUGCAUGAUAAUGAAAGUACAAUAACUGUAGAUUGGGAGAUUGUUAGGAGAUGUUUAUCGUCCCCAGUUUUCAGGGCUUCAGAAGAUGACAUGGUUAAAGAACAUUUUCCUUUGGAUGAUGAACACUUGCAACUUUUCAAUGGUUACAGAAGUAUAAGUGAUGUUGAGAAUAGUUUAGUGUAUUGCCCGCACAAAAAGGCGUUUUUCUUCAUUACUAACGUUGUUCAUGGAAAGAACGGACGCAGCCCUGAUAAAGAAACAGAAACUUCAAGCUACCUGGAGCACUUAGAGCAGCAUGGCAGCCCCGUUGGGCCUAGCAAACCAAAUCCUCAGCCCAUUCAACAGAAGGCCCAAGCAUCCAAGCCUCACCACAAAAGGGACACUCCCUCCAAAAGGUUUGGCAUUCAGCUUAAAUACCCUGGACAACCUCUUCUGCAUGCAAAACCACUUUUUUCCUUGCAUAACUUGCUACUCAACCGAAGAUCAGAGAAUUCAGAAUCAUGUGAACGACCAGAGUACUUUAUUGAUUUGCCUCCUGAGCUAUGUCAGUUGAAGAUCAUAGGCUUUUCCAAAGAUAUCGGGAGUUCAAUAUCUUUGUUGCCAUCAAUCAUGCAUCGUCUGGAAAACUUGCUUGUGGCCAGUGAACUGAAGCACAAAUUAUCUCUUGCAUUUCCUGAAGGAGCUGAAGUUACUUGCUAUAGAGUUCUAGAAGCACUUACCACCACGAAUUGCCAGGAGUGCUUUUCCCUUGAAAGGCUUGAAACACUUGGGGAUGCUUUUCUAAAAUAUGCAGUUGGGCGGUACCUUUUUCUUUUGCAUGAUACCCUUGACGAAGGAGAACUUACAAAGAAACGUUCUGAUUUUGUAGACAAUUUGAAUUUGUACAGACUAGCAAUUAGGUGCAAGUUACAGGUAUACAUACGUGAUAAUCCCUUUGAUCCCAGCCAAUUCUUUGCUUUGGGCCGCCCUUGUCUAGUAAUUUGUAACAAGGAAUCAGAAAGCAAUAUUCAUUCCCGACGUUCAAGUAGUCAAGCAGAUCAUGCAAGUUCUAGUGGAGUCAGAUGCAGCAAAGGACACCAUUGGUUGAAAAAAAGAACAAUCUCUGAUGUGGUUGAAGCUCUUGUUGGAGUGUUCAUAGUUGAUAGUGGCUUCCGAGCCGCAGCUUCCUUUCUUCGAUUUAUUGGCAUACAAGUUGACUUUGAAGCUUCACAUGUUGUUAAUGCCUGCAUAUCAAGCACUAGCUACAUCCCACGUGCUACUCGUCUGGACAUUGUUGCCCUUGAAAAUUUACUUGGGUAUCAGUUUCUCCAUAAAGGUUUGCUUAUACAGGCAUUUGUACAUCCUUCUUGCAAAAACAAGGGAGGAGGCUGCUAUCAGAGAUUGGAGUUUCUUGGAGAUGCUGUCUUGGAUUACUUGAUGAUAUCAUAUCUUUAUUCAGUUUAUCCAAAGUUGAAGCCUGGUCAAUUGACAGUUCUGAGAUCAGUGCUUGUGAAUAAUAAGGCCUUUGCCAAUGUUGCAAUAGAUCUAUCUUUCAACAAAUAUCUUAUAUCUGAUUCCAGUGCCCUUACUAAGUCCAUCAAUAGUUAUGUGGACUGGAUUAAAACAGGUGCACUAGAAGGGAGUCUUAUUGAUGGGCCAAACUAUUCAAAGGCUUUGAGUGACUUGGUAGAGUCUUCUAUGGGUGCCAUUCUUCUUGAUUCAGGGUUUAAUCUAGGAGUUGUAUGGACAAUAGCGCUUUCCUUUUUGGAUCCAAUCAGGAGAUUAUCCAGUCUACAAGUUAGUCCUAUUCAGGAACUACACGAACUUUGCCAAGCUUAUAAUUUGAAUCUACAGUUUUCACCAUCAAAUAUGGAAGGAAUGUUUUUGGUUGAAGCACAAGUGAAUGGCAAAGAUGUUUCUACAACUGCUUCUGCAAUCAACUUGAACAAGAAUGAGGCUAUUGGAAGUGCUUCGCAAAAAAUAUUGACAAAGUUGAAGGCUCAUGACCUCAUACCCAAGUCAAAAAUUUUAGAGGAAGUUUUGAGGUCUAGCUCCAAGAUGGAAGCCAAACUGAUCGGAUAUGAUGAACCACCUAUUGAUGUAAAUACCCCUGAAGCCUUAAGAGGGCAGCCUUCUAGGACAGCUGAAAAUCAUAAUGGUGACCCUGACUCACAAACCAUAGGUGGGUCACACAAAGAAACAGCAAGAUCACGUUUACAAAAAAUAUGUGAUGUUAAUUGUUGGAAAACCCCUUUGUUUGAAUGUUGCAGAGAGGAAGGACCAAGCCACUUAAAAUUAUUCACUUUCAAGGUUGUUGUGGAGAAAAAAGAAGCCCCAGAUGUGGUUUUAGAGUGCUUUGGAGCACCCCGGUCAAAAAAGAAAGAUGCAGAAGAGCAUGCAGCAGAAGGGGCCCUUUGGUACCUAAAGCAUGAUGGAUACUUGCUUGAGAGCGACUAACAUACACACAUUUUGAGGUAGCGGAAGACUAGGUAACCAAUCAAAGAGCAGCGUCUUUGAUUCUACAAGGAGAAGCGUCUUCGUCUUCGUCUUCUACCCAAAAAUAUAAAACAAGCCCGCAGGCUAAAAGAAAAAUAAAACUUCGCAGAGUAUUUGA